CCGCGCCGGCUCCCGCCUCGUUCUCUCUCCACUCGCUCCCGCCUCCCUCCCUUUCCGCUGCUGAGGCGGCGGGAGCCGAGCCCGAGCGGACCGAACCGUGGCCGCAGCGGGGCGGCGGGUGCAGAGGCGGCGGCGGCGCUGGUGCGGGAAGUCAGUCUGUCGUCGUCUCCGUCGGCGGCGGCGGCGGCGGCAAUGCUGCGGCCCUGCUGAGCCCGCCAGCUCCGGGCGCCGGGAGCCAGCCGCGCGAGGCGGCUCGGGCCGGGCGGCAGCAUGCGGAGCGGCGAGGAGCUGGACGGCUUCGAGGGCGAGGCCUCGAGCACCUCCAUGAUCUCGGGCGCCAGCAGCCCGUACCAGCCCACCACCGAGCCGGUGAGCCAGCGCCGCGGGCUGGCCGGCCUGCGCUGCGACCCCGACUACCUGCGCGGCGCGCUCGGCUGCCUCAAGGUCGCCCAAGUGGUCUUGGCCCUGAUCGCAUUCAUCUGCAUAGAGACCAUCAUGGAAUGCUCCCCGUGUGAAGGCCUCUACUUUUUUGAGUUUGUGAGCUGCAGUGCGUUUGUGGUGACCGGAGUCUUGCUGAUUCUGUUCAGUCUCAACCUUCACAUGAGAAUUCCCCAGAUCAACUGGAACCUGACAGAUUUGGUCAACACUGGACUCAGCACUUUCUUUUUCUUUAUUGCUUCGAUCGUACUGGCUGCUUUAAACCAUAAAACCGGAGCAGAAAUCGCUGCCGUGAUAUUCGGCUUCUUGGCAACAGCGGCCUAUGCGGUGAACACAUUCCUGGCCGUGCAGAAGUGGAGGGUCAGCCUCCGGCAGCAGAGCGCCAACGACUACAUCCGCGCCCGUACUGAGUCCAGAGACGUGGACAGCCGUCCCGAGAUCCAGCGCCUGGACACGUGAGGGCGCACUGAGUCUUCUUCCCUCUGGUCCUCAUGCCCGUACUUUCAAUCAAGUUUUUCUUUCCCUCAUCACAUCAGAUUAUCAUGUGACUAAGUUGAAUUUUGUCCUCCUUGGUAAUAGUUCGUUCUGGGCAAGGGUUUUCACGGCAGCCCUGAUGGGUGCAGGAGGUGGGGGACCCCGUGCCCAGCCUUGCACAGAGGCGGUGGGAGGGUCCUGCCCCUGCCCUGCCCCCCGCCCCGGGUCUGGUGACCGUGGGAGCCACUGUCCUUGCGGGCCACCAUGUCCCCUUCACUGUCCCUGAGCACAGGCUUCGCAGCUGACUCUGAGCCACCCCCUCAUAUGUAUUCAUGAUGAGUCAGGACUUUGGAUUAAAUGGGGGCUGUUAGAGGGGAAAAAACAAAUACAGGAAGUGAAACUUUAUGGUUGGAGCGGAGGGUCAGCAGUGCUUUCUGGGCAACCCGCAUAGAGGCCCUGGAUGCGCUUUAGUCUCGCUGCCAGGAUGCCCCUCUCCCCAUUGUUUCCCUGCCUGGGGGCACCGGGACCCCAGCAGGAGCGUGGACAGCCAGCUGUGACACCAAGGGUCUCGGUGGUGGGUGUGCCUGCUGGGUGCUUUGCUGGCUCUGGCGGAGGCUGGCACCCUCUUGGCUGGACUCCAGGGCACUGCUGCCCAUCAGGAGGUCACCAUCUGUCUCCUACCCUGCUGAGACAUCCCUGGAAUCAUCUUCCUGAAUCCAGAGGCUCCUCCAAGAAUACGAGGACCAUCUUGUUUUCCAGUUUCCUAGCUUCCCUGAAUACGCCAAGGCCAGACUGCAGAUUUUCUGUCAUCUUACCUUCCCAGAUAAAAGCCACAGGAGAAAUACAGUUUGUCCCACCAGCCCGGACCCUUGCCCAUUUGCUGGCCUCACGGACCAGAGGUGGGGACACGCCUCUGUUUCAAGGGUAUGCACUGAUUUUCAAACACCUGAGAAGAGUUCUAGAGUGAAUUCCGAGUGGCUCCGUCUAGGAUUUGAAAACUACUUGAAUCUGCACCGUGACACCCCCUUUCACUGAUGUUUCGGAGGGCGGCGACCCUGUACCUCAGGGUCAUAACUACGAACGUCGAACUUGGAGGCUGUCGGGGAACAUUUUAGUUACGUAAGGUUUUGUAUGAAUUCUCGAUAAAGUGAAGAUUAUUGUGGUGACUAAGUUACACAAGCCCCUGCGAUGCUGUAGUUUUUUGUUUUUUUCUGUUGGAGACUAAUUGUUUCUCUUAUGGAAAGUUUGUUUUUACAUGUCGAGUUUUCACUCUGAACUGUCCUUAAUGUUUACAAACCUCACUCUAGCUCUAAUAUUUUGUGUUUCACCCUCACCAAGGAAAAGAACGCUCACUGCUGGUGGGAAGAUUUUGCAUUAAUGAGGAGAGUCCCCAGGAUCUUGUGCUAGUGAGCGCUUGCAGCUUCAGCAGCGGGCAGUGUCAUGAGAGAGGGGGCCUUGGGGAGCAGAGCCUGUGUGAGAAAUGUCCAGCCCUGCACAGGCUGGCAUUGCCUUCUGCAGAGCAGAGCAGCGUAUGAUUUCCUGCAUGGGUGUCUUCGUCAGAUAGCACUGCUUGGCUGGGGACCCCGUAGGAAAUGGUACUGUGCCGUCUCUGAAGGGUUGGGGUUAGGGCUCCCUGAACUGAACAUCUUAUACAACUCAAGUUCUGCUGAAGUUCCUUUCUGGGGCUGUGACCCAGGCCACCUGUUCAAGCCCCUGGUCUGGUCAGAGACCCAGCUUGUCUGGGAGUAACUGACCUCCCAUUGUCCCCACCUAGGGCAGCCAGGCCUGGUCACGGCGGGUCUGACUGAACCCUCUUCCCAUGGAUGUUGUGAGGCAGUACAAACCAGGCUUCACAAACCUCAUACCUAUUAUGUGUAGUGACUUUUGAGGAGAUUAUGACAUCUGGAUUUUAUCUGUUCAUUUUAUAUAUUUAUUUUGCAUUUGUAGAGUGUAUAUGCUUCGUCAAAAUGGGGCUUAUUGCCCUCUGAGAGUUCCAUUUAAAAACAGGGUUACAAAGACUCAGCCUUGCAUCAGAUAGGGCCCACUUAGAAGGACCACCCUGAACUUUAUCAGAAAUCUCCUUCUGGGAUUCAUGUUACUUAGCCUCAAUAAAAAGCUGCCUUUGAAGUGAGAUUGGAAAAAAGAAGACUCUUCAGGCGUGGGUUGUUGCCCAAGUUUUUCCAAGUCACUUCAAUAAAACCGGUUUAUCAUCCGGCUGAAAGGAGUCUGUUGGUAUCAGCUACAAGGAACAGUUCUGAAGCCCGCUGAAGUUGUACACGCUGACAGAUGAUAACAAGCGAUGACACCUUGUGCCAUAGGCCACUUAAGAAUUAAUUUACAUGUUAGUGUUAGAAUCUUGGAAUUAUUUAUGUCCCUGUAACUAUUUAAAGUCCUUUGUGCCAUGAGGCUCUCCCAUGGUUUUUGUAAAUAUAUUUCUUUAUAUUUAAUUAGCUCCCAGUAUAGCCAGAAGUGACCAGAUGUACUUAUUGGUGUACUGUAGAGUCAUAAGUCUUGUCACGUGGUGAGAAGGAAGGAAGGAAUAUGGUUGUCUAGUGUGAAUGGAAAGAUACUCGCAUUUUCUUUGUGUUGUUUCUGUGUACAAACAAGACAAUCUAGAUUUGGGGAGGCUUAAAAGGGCUUUUUUUUCUCUUUUUUGCAAAUUGAAAUAAGCUUAUUUUUGCAUUUAACAGUUGUAAUAUGGACCAGUGUCAGUUUGGUUUGGGGAAUUUUUAAGACUGAGGCAAUCUUAGUGUUUUUUAAUUUUCUGGUGGGAUGAUAUUGGCAUUCACAGUUGAUGCCCAACUUGCAUACAUUUGAAUUUGUUCCUGGAGACUGGAUGGUUGAAACCCUCAAGCAUUUGGUGGAACCUCUGGUGGUUUUAGAUGGAUGCAAACACUGACGUCUUCAGAGAAAGUUUAUCCUGGCAUCGAUCUGGUUGAUGUGGUAUUUUUUCUUUUUUCUGAUUCUCCUCUACCCUCCCUUCACAUUGCUGAAGGCACGGCAGGGGGGUGGGGUGCCUUACCCCUUUCAUACAGAGAGAUUCCAGUCACGAGAGCCUAAAGAUACUCGUCAGCUCUAUAAAGAUACUUGUCAGCUCUAUAAAGAUACUUGUCAGCUCUAUAUAAAGCCAGGGAAGGCACAAGCAGUUACAGAUUAAAACCUCAUAGCAGAAGUUCUAUUUGAAGUGAAAGAAACAGAUUUUCACUCUGCAGCAAGUCAUUCAAGAGAGACUACCUUUGCCCACAGAAAGGCAAGAAUGUUGACGCCUGCCCAGUCCCAAUAUCCUUGUCUUCCUUGGCAGGUUGAACCAAAGGGCCAAUGUGGACGGAGCCCAGGCUGGCUGCAGAGAAGCCGGGGACCCAGUCUGGUUCUGGGGGCUUGGCUCUGGGAAGUGGAUGUCACCCCCUACCCUUUGGGCACCAUCACUGUCCCUUAGCUAAAGGCUCCUUCCUGUGGGCAGGCAUGGAGUGCCUCUGACCCCACCCCAUGUCAGAGGCUUCUUGAGAGAGCUUUGUGACUCAGUUGAAAACAUGCCUAGUCUUUUAAAGUUUGCAGUUUCAUUCGCCUUUCUUUGAGGCUUUCUGAGUGACUCAGUCUUGGGUUGAGCCACAGGCAGCCUCUGAGGAGAUAAAGCACUAACUCUGGUCUGCACAUGUAUGUGAAUUCCUGCUUGCAGCAAAUGACCCUUGAAUACCUCCUCCAGGUGUCAUGUGUGUGUGGCCCAAGCUCACCUUUUCUCAUAGACUCACCUGUGCUGUUUGGGAAGGAACCCCUCGCCGCUCCAUGUGUUUAAGAGGUGGACCAAGUCCCUAAUCUUAGGCUCUGCAGGAUUUUCUGUGGGCUGUUCUUAGAAUAUGCCCUAAAAGAGUGUGGAGACAACACGUGGCCACUUUAGGGAUUCUGGGAGGCAAUGACGAUGUAAGUGGGUCCCGGUGUGCCACCCAUGUUCCAAACAAAGCAACCACAAAGUCUUUGUGCCAAGGCCCGAUAGUCAUUUUCUCCACAUGUGGUUUACCGGAAAACAUGACACUAAGCAGAUAGCAAAAGGAGAAACCAGCUCAGCUGAGGGCUGCUUCUAAAUUGACUGUCCCAACCACAUAAAAAAUGGCUUCCUGCUCUAGUGACUGCCAUUAGCGAGUGAGGUCUCCAGACACAUUUCCAGCCCCUGGUGAAGUGUGCAGAAUCCGGGGGCUGUCUUAUUUCAUCAGCACCCACUCCCAGGACCAGCUUGGUGACAGCUGAUGAGGGAGCGAGCAGGGGCGGGUCUGGGAGGUGAGAAGAGCGGGGAGGAGGCCCAAAUCAUCUGCUGAGGGCCUGUCGAGAGCACUGGACAUGGUUACCCACCCCGGCUGUGCUUGAUUAACUACAUCCUGCCCUCUUUGGAAAAGUGAGGUCUUGUAUUCUGGAACCCACGUGAGAGUGGGAGCCGAAUGUGGGGACCAGCGUGCCUGGGCGCUGCUGGGCUCUUUGUGUGAGUUUGGGAACUCACAGGUGUGGGCAGGUGACUCAGAUUCUGAUCUGGGGCCCCCUCAGAGAGGACGCAGACCCGACACCGCCUGCCUUGAGCCGUGUAAACCUUCCUGGCUCUUUGUAAAAUCUUUAUUUCUUCUCCCCUCAGCAGAUACAGCUGAAAUCAUAACUGUCUGGUUGAGAAGGUAAUUGGAAAUCUUUGUGGCUCUUUACAUUUCUUUUAUUUAGAAACCUUUUCUGCUCUCAAUAUCUGUUAGAUCUAAAGAAUUUUUUUUCUCAAAGUUUAAUGUUUGUUUAGCUUUUCUUCAUACCAGUAAAUGGCAUUUAUAUACUUACAGGCUUGAAACUCCCUUCUUUGGUUUAGAUUAUAUUCUCAUUUCAUUUGGAUGUAAUUUCUCAGCCUUGGGGAUUUAUUUUUUCCUUUCUUGUUUUUAUUAUUCUAUAAACAUUUAAAAAAAUUACCCACCAGCCCACUGAGUCUAAAUCAGUGGCAAUUUGCCUAAAGUUUAGUUUAUGGAUCCUUGAAUUAUGUGUCCUUUUCACAGGAUUAGUUUGUUGUCUAGCUUUCAUUCCAAGACUUCAGUCUGGGUGACUUGCUAUCUGGACACCCUGGUGUGUCAUGUCUCUUUUGGGAUGCAUUCUACACAGGGCUGAGAGCCUUCAAGAAGGGGUUAAUAGCCUGGACUCUACUGAGCUACAUCAGAACUUUCAUUUAGAGUAGGACCUUGUCUCAAAUGACCUUAAUCAGCUUUGCUGGCAGGAUUAGGGUGAGGCCCGAGUUUUUCACCAUUGCGCCUCAGAAGCGAGAACGCGUGACGCAAGUGAUUUGACGAGGGUUUGUACGGGAUUCAGUAAUAGUCUGAAACUAUCCAAUUGGAGUCAUCUUGGGAGGAUGCUGCUGAAACCCGGUAGGAAGCACCCCUUUUAUCAGGACAGCCAUCUGAAGGAACGGCCAGGAAGCGAGGACAGCAUGGGGUCCUGGUGCCCAGGCAGGCAGGGCCGCGUCUGGCUGCUUCCCUCUGUGGCCCAUUUUGCUUUCCUGCCUUUUCCAGAAUCGACUUCCCAAGAUUCAGGACUUUGCUCUCCUCUCUGCAGAUGUGAGGAAGGCAGAUACUCGGGGCUUGGAGGGAAAACUGACUGGUCCAAGGCCUCCUGGGGGAGCUCAAGGGUGGGACGCCUGUGCACCGCCCACAUCCCCCUAGGACUGGCCCAGGCCCAAGGCCUCACUCACUCCCAGCUCUGUCACUCUGUAACCUGUUUAAAAACGAGUUUUCAAACCCUGCCUCAUGAUGAAACUGACGUAUGUGGAUAAAACCAAUGCUUUUCCUAAGCAAUAAGAGAACGCUAGGGGGCGAAACUAUUUGUAUAUGUUGAAAUUUCUAAGGGUUCAGGAACCCAUGGCAAAAACACUUAGCUAUUUAUUACAAGUAUGACUGUACUUUUUCCUUUUCCCAAAGUAGGUAGUUGUGUCUUUGGAUAUUCUAAGACAAAAAAUAAUCACUUCACCUUGGUGCCUUCCGUGUCAGUCACAUAAACACUCCCGUCAAUCAUGGAAUUGAAAAAGAUGCACAUUUGGUUCAACAGAUAACACUAUUUUUGUAGCAUGAUUUUAGAUUGUGUCCUUUUAAUAUUGCUUUCAGCAAUGCUAGUUUUGAGGUUCGGUCGUUUUCCCUGUAAAACUUCAUUAUGUAUUUUUAAAAAGAAAAAAAAGAAAUCCAACCCCUCAGCUUUCCCGUCUCUUCUCUGCUGCUUUCUCCCCAACAUCUCGUUUCUGCUUACUUAAACAGUCUGAGAGUAAGAGUAUAUUUCUGUGAAAUAGUUAUUAAUCAGUAUAACUGCAUUUGGCAUUUUUUUACCCACUUGCUACUUCUGAACAGCCACUGCUCACCUCAAAUAGUAAGAGGAAAGUGGUUCCAUAAGAACAGAACAUUCUCGGUGCUCUGACUUCCCCUUCUUUGGGUCUGAAAUGGUGACAAGCCCUUUCCCGGUUGCUGCCUGUCUUGCAGAUCUGCUCAGGCCACCAGCUCGCCUCUGCCCGUGUGAGGCGUCCUGGGGCGGGAGUGGGAGUGGGGACUCUGCUGGCCUCGGGCUCAUCUUCCACUCAGACCUCUGGUUCGUGGAUGCCCUGGAUAGGUUCGAUGGCCCUUUCUGGUUUUCCAGCCCAAACAUACUAGAUUCCAUGCUGUGAUGAGCUUGAUGAAGACACACGACCUUUUGCUUUCCCGCCCCUGCAGGACUGAGUUAUGUCUGGUCAAGAGGAAUCUUGAGGAAACUAGCUGAGUCCAUUUAAAAUGAAGGAAUGGAUUUAUUGAAACAUAAAAGAAAUUUUUUUUUUCCGCUUUGAAGGGUCAGACAGAAUGUGUCAUUAUUUUCUAACAAAGGAAGACGAGUCAGAUGGCUGAUAAUUCCCAUGUGACUACUCUGGUACUUGGCCCAGUGGUACUUGGGGGAGGGGCGAUGUUAAUUUAAUAACUACUACACUUUGCUUCUUAAAAGUCUAUUCCCUUUAACAGUAUAGAUGCAGCUGUGGGGUGAGCUGAGGUGAUGUGUGUUCAGCAAACUUCAGUUUCUGCUAUUGGUCAGUCCGAGCUCCCAUCCUGGCUUCUGAGGCUGGUGUGGGCACCACUCAGCUCCCACCAGCCCCAGAUUUGACUAUCCAUUCAGAGUGGUUUGGGGGCCCCAGAGCCUUCGCACCUGUUGGUUUAUUCCUGACAGCCUACAAAGCCUCACACUGCCCUCAGUUUUCCCCCUUUAUUUCUUUUGAAGGACCAAUUUUUUCACGGUACUUGUCCUGAUUGUUUUCAUAGUGUUCAAAUCUGUAUUUUUGUAUGUAGAGGGAAAUAAUUUUCUCAACACUAAUCGCUAAUAAAUACUGAAUUGUCAUGAAGGAGUUCUUGUUUAAUAAACGGACGUGUAAAAACA